AUGACGACUUCGCUGGUUCUGCAUCCACGCUGGGCGGACACCUUGAUGUACGUUUAUGAAAAAAGCCCGAAUGAAAACAACCAGAAUAAAAGCCAAACAAUGGAGGGACUGAGCGGUAAUUGCCCUGCGACCCACUGCAGGGACCUGAUGUCGCACCCCGCGCUGGGACGACAUUCUGGCUCCAUAGCGACCCACCAGGGCUCCGUCUACUCGGAUAUUUCCUCUCCAGACACCGGCCGGCAGUGUCCCGCUCCUCAAACAUCCUCCAGUGCUUCUUUGAGUUACGGUUAUCCCUUUGGAAACCCAUAUUACGGCUGUAGAUUAUCUCAUUCGCACAACGUGAACUUGCAGCAGAAGCCUUGCUCGUACCAUCCCGCAGAUAAAUAUGCCGAGUCCAGCACAGCGCUGCCCACGGAAGAACUGUCUACCAGGGCGAAAGAGUUUGCCUUCUACCCGAGUUUCGCCAGCUCAUAUCAGGCUGUCCCUGGAUAUCUGGACGUGUCGGUGGUGCCCGGUAUCAGUGCCCAUCCCGAACCGAGGCACGACGCCUUGAUCCCCAUGGAGGGCUACCAACACUGGGCUCUCUCCAAUGGCUGGGAUGGGCAGGUGUACUGCUCCAAAGACCAAACGCAGUCAUCUCAUCUUUGGAAAUCACCUUUUCCAGAUGUUGUGCCAUUGCAGCCUGAGGUCAGCAGUUACCGCCGUGGGCGUAAAAAACGUGUCCCUUACACCAAGAUGCAGCUGAAGGAGCUGGAGAAAGAGUACGCAGCCAGCAAGUUCAUCACCAAAGACAAGAGAAGGCGCAUCUCGGCCGGAACCAACCUCUCAGAGCGUCAAGUCACCAUCUGGUUUCAAAACCGGCGAGUCAAGGAGAAGAAAUUUGUCAGUAAAUCUAAGAGCAAUCACAUGCACACCACUUGA